AUGGGCAUCUUUGACUACCUCCGCCCCCGUCGACAGAACGGCAUACCAAGAAAACACACCAUGCCUUCAAAUUCUCCAGAACUUCCCUCAUACCAAAAUGAUGCCCUCGACAAGCGACACUCCAAACUCUCCUCCAUGUCGCCCAACGCAGAGCAACCACAGCUUGAACCCAACACCAGACCAACAACAAGCUCAAGCUGCACCUCCAUUUUAACCACCAACUCGGCCAUAACCUCGACCUCAAUCUCGACCUCAAUCUCGACCUCCAUCUUGACCCCCACCACAACCUCACACACAACAACUACCACCCCCCUCUCCCCCCCUCACUCAAACCACACCCUCAGCAACCACAACCUCAACAGACCACCCACCCCUCCCAACCGCCAACCACCACCGCCCUCCCCACCACCAUCCCCGCCACUCCUUCCAACAUCCGAAUUCACUCUACAUUUACCACCACCGCCGCCGCCCCCCUACGCCCGCCUCUCCUCCCGAAGGACAGACCUCCCUUUACCGUCCUACGCAGAACUUGUCCAAGAGAGACAAAUCGUCCCUCCGCGUCCACGACCACGUCCCACACCGCGAGAACCACCGCCUUCUUUUGAAGCGGCAGAGAUUCAGGAACACGACGAGUUACAUGCGGAUCCGUCCAUGUGGCCGGGGUGUGAGUACUGUCGGGUGUAUGAGUUGUGGGUUUGUUAUUGGAGGGGGGAGGGGGUGGGGGAUGUGAUGGGGUAG